GAAGCUUCCGAUUUAAAUUUUCUGACGGUUAACACCGCGAAGCAGCGUUUGUAUACCAGAUGAAAGACAACGGGUUAUUUUAUAAACAGUGAACGAAUACGUGAAUAGGAAUAAUUGAAAAGUGAUCAAGACGUGACAAACAUUUAUUUGUUGAAGAUGAACGAUACACGUAACGGGAAGAAAGUUAGAAAACAACAUAUACAAGUUUUUGUUCGUGUCAGACCGAUAAAUGAUAUCGAAAGGGCUGGAAAAUCGUUGACAGUGGUAGAUACACCGUCCACUAAAGAAUUAGUUGUUCGCGAAAGACCAUGCGAUAAACGUACAAAGAAAUUCACCUUUGACAGGGUAUUUGGAUCUUUAUCGAAACAGCUUGAAGUAUAUAAUGCAGUUGUCCGUCCAUUGCUGGAAGAAGUUUUGGCUGGAUAUAAUUGUACAGUAUUUGCUUAUGGUCAAACUGGUACUGGGAAGACCUUCACCAUGGAAGGAAUUGAUAAUGAUCCAAUGUUACACUGGCAAACGGAUACCAAUGCUGGGAUUAUACCACGCUCUUUAAGUCAUCUUUUUGAUGAACUACGUAUCGUAGGGGUGCAAGAGUACUCGGUUCGAGUGAGCUUCUUAGAAUUAUAUAAUGAAGAAGUAUACGAUCUAUUAUCUGUUAGUGAUGAAGCUGCCAAGAUAAGGAUAUAUGAAGAUACGACUAAAAAGGGAGCGGUAGUAGUGCAUGGUUUGGAGGAGGUGACUAUAUAUAAUAAAAGAGACGUAUAUAAAAUCCUCCAGAUAGGAUCACAGAAACGGCAGACAGCAACCACAUUGAUGAAUGCUAGUUCAAGUCGAUCUCAUACCAUAUUUUCUAUCACUGUUCACAUAAAGGAGAACACCAUUGAUGGGGAGGAGCUCUUAAAGACAGGAAAGCUAAAUCUAGUUGAUUUAGCGGGUAGCGAAAAUAUAGGACGAUCUGGAGCUGUUGAUAAAAGAGCAAGAGAGGCGGGCAAUAUUAAUCAAUCCUUGUUAACUCUAGGUCGGGUGAUAACGGCACUCGUAGAAAAGACUCCACACAUUCCCUAUCGAGAAUCAAAGUUAACACGAUUACUUCAAGAAUCGCUAGGCGGUCGUACGAGGACUUCAAUAAUUGCUACGGUGUCUCCUGCUAGCAUUAAUCUUGAAGAAACAUUGUCCACUUUGGAUUACGCGCAUCGCGCGAAGAAUAUUACGAAUCGCCCAGAAAUUAAUCAGAAAUUUUCGAAAAAAGCGUUACUUCAAGAAUACACGGAAGAAAUCGAGAAAUUGAGGAAAGAUUUGUUUGCAACUCGCGAACGCAAUGGCGUGUAUUUAGCUCCAGAAAGUUAUAACGAAAUGCAAUCGCUAAUAGAUUUUCAGAGUAAAGAAAUCGAGGAGAAACUAAAUCACAUUAAAGCGCUUGAAGACACCUUGCACUACAAAGAGCAAAUAUUUAACGAUUUGAAAUCAAAGAAUUCUGAACAAGCGAAUGAACUCUUAAAUGUAAAGAAUCAAUUGGAAACAACGACGCAUACGUUAAUGUACACAACGUCGCGUUUGGCAGUCUCGGAACAAGAGAAGGAAGAGCAGAAGCAUCUUGUGGAGAAGCACGCAUCUACCGAAAAUAUUCUUCUGUCUCAAGUACAAUCAGUAUUGGAGGUUGUUGAUACAGCUACUACGGAUGUUAAUAAACUUCAUGAUAAAAUUUUUCGGAAAAUGGAAAUAGGACAGCGGAACAGUUCACUUGGACAACAGGUUAAAAAUAAUAUUAAAGAACGAUGUAGGAAGAUUGAAACAGAUCUUUCGAUACAUACAAAAAGAAUGAAACACUUCUGCGAAACUCUAAAUACCUACAUUGACGAGCAAACCCUUUCACAUAGUGAACGUAUUGACAAAUCUAUUCAAAAUAUUUCCGAUGAAUUCGUCAGUCCAAUCCAAAGCACAACCGAUAAAUUGACAAGAAAUGUAGAAGAUUUUUAUUCAAGAUAUCAAGAAUGCCUCGAGAAAGAAUUCAAGAAUGUAAUUACGAUGACGGAUCAAGAACGUAACAUAUUAAGUAACGGUUGUUCUAUUAUCGUACAAAGAAUACAACAAUUAAUAGACAACAAAGUAGCUGAAAACUUAAGUGAUUUGAAUAAUGAUGUUCAUAAAAAAAUUGACAGUAUGACGCAAACUGCUAGCAGUUUGAUGGCUCAGCUCUCCCAGUCGUCGAGCAAUGAGCGUAGCCGUUUAGAUAAUAAUAUUCAGGAUAUCAGGAAGAAUGUUGAAGAAAUUCGACAAAGCCAAAACAGUAUUAUGGAAAAGCGAUUCAACUUUGCAAAGAUGAUGGAAGAUUUGCAAAAGUCUUUCAAUGAAUUGCAAAAUGAAAACAAGGAGAAUCAUUCGUCGAUAUGCGAUACGUUAAACAACAUUGAUGAAACCUGUAAUGUUAUAAACCACGAAGCUUCAAAAACUUGUAAAAUAAAGACAGCACAAGAAAAUUGUAUACAAGAAAAACUUGAACAUGACCUACAAAUAAUGAAGCAGAUGGUCUCAGAAGAAACGGAAAAGCUGAAGUCGAUGUCGAAUGAUUCAAUUGCUCAAGCUAAGGCACUUAUUAGCGAAUUUCAAACGAACCUGAAUAAUAACUGCGACACAUUAGUAAAUUACCAAAAUUGCGUGAAACGUAAUAUGGCGGAAAUACAGAAAAAAAUGAAAGAAGAUAAAAGUCAUAUUUUAUUAUUAAUUAACGAUGUAUAUACAAUAGUUUAUAAUCUAGGCGAUCAACGUUCACGAUCCUUAAGUAGUUUGAAAUCAGCGUUUAUGAAUGUUUGUACCGAAAUGAAUCAACAACUAGAAACUGAAAACCUGAAUUCUGGCAAUGCAAAUAACAAAAUUAUCGCAGGAUUGCAGACAAUACGCGAUCGAGUUGAGAAAUUCUUCGCUGAAGAUCUAUAUCGCGACGUUCCGACAGGCCAAACACCUGUGAAAAGAACCUUCCAAUACUCCAAAAGUCUUGCUAAAACGUCUCCACCGGAUCGCAUACUUCAAAGGUACAGAGAAGCAUUAAAGGAAAUGAAUUGCGAAGAGAAUAAACAAAUGUCAUUAUCCAAUCGCAACACAUCUAUUAAGGAAUCAUCAAAGGAAAACUCAAAAGAAAACUUAAACGAAAUUGAAAGAGCAUAGUUUUAAACUAUUGUACUCUACUCUAAACUCUAUGAUAAGCGAAU